ACUAGGACGCCGUCGUAAUUAAGCUACGUGUUAGUGUGUACUGUGUACUGUAAACUCAAACACUUAGCGUUUAAGUAGCAUUUCAUUGUUAUUAUAUAUUAAUAGAAAUGCCUAUAGCUGAUAAAAGAAAAGGUGACGAUAUUUUAUCGUUAGUUCCUGCUUCAAAGAAAACAAAAAAUGAAGUUGUUUUUAGCAGUAGAGAAAAAGCUGUGGUCCAAAGUGGGCCACCAAGGACGUCAUCGCUAUUUGCUCCUAUCAUGCUCUUAGAAGGACAUCAAGGAGAAGUUUUUGGUGUGAAAUUUCAUCCAGAUGGUCAAUAUUUAGCAUCUGCUGGGUUUGAUAGACAAAUCUUUUUAUGGAAUGUUUAUGGAGAAUGUGAGAAUAUUUCUGUUAUGUCGGGUCAUAGUGGAGCAAUAAGAGAGUUACAAUUCAGCGUUGAUGGGAACCACAUUUAUACAGCUGCCACGGACAAGACACUUGGUAUUUGGGACAUUGAAACUGGAGCAAGAGUUAAAAAGCUUAAGGGUCAUAGUUCUUUUGUCAAUUCUGUUAAUGGAACAAGACGCGGAGUAACUCAACUUUGUUCUGGAAGUGAUGAUAGCACAAUUCGUGUUUGGGACCCAAGAAAAAAAGGUCAAUGCAUCACUUUAAAUAAUACAUAUCAGGUAACAGCUGUGACAUUCAAUGAUACAGCUGAACAAGUUAUUAGUGGCGGAAUAGACAACGAUGUAAAAAUUUGGGAUUUGAGAAAAAAUGCAAUCUUGCAUAGAAUGAGAGGUCAUACUGAUACAGUUACUGGUUUAGCUUUAAGUCCAGAUGGUUCUUAUAUACUUUCAAAUGGAAUGGACAAUGCACUGAGAAUAUGGGAUAUCAGACCAUUUGCUCCUUAUGAAAGGUGCUUAAAGGUGUUCUCUGGGCACCAGCAUAAUUUUGAACAAAAUCUUCUGAGGUGUGCAUGGUCAUUGGAUGGAACUAAGGUCUCUGCUGGUUCUUCAGAUAGAUUCCAUUACAUUUGGGAUACAACAAGUCGACGUAUUAUUUAUAAACUCCCUGGACAUAAUGGAUCUGUAAAUGAUGUUGAUUUUCACCCCAAGGAACCAAUCGUGUGCUCUGGUUCAAGUGACAAACAGAUCUAUAUGGGUGAAAUUGAAGCUCAAAUAUAAAUAUCUUAAUGUUUUAAGAAAAUUAAAUUUAUAUGUUGUAAAAUAGUUUUGAAUAAGAAUUUUGCCAUAAGUAAAUUGUAAAUUCAUUUCACAUAAAAAAAAGAUAUAGAAAUUGAAGAAUAAGCAUUUAUGUUUUCAAGUGUAUAAAAUAAUUGAGAAAAUAUGUAUAGAUGAGAACGAAGUUCCUGUGGGGAAAAAUUCCUAAUCUUAAAUAUCAUUUCAAUAAGAAAUAUUUUAUCCUGGUUUUGGAAACAAUGAUUUAUAGAUUUAUAAAUCUACUUUCUGU